AUGAGAGAUCUCAUACAAGACAAUGUAACCACUGAAAUUUCAUUGAUAAUUCAUAACGAUAGAAAUCGAGAUAUUUGUUAUUAUAAUGCUCUAACAGCUCCUGAUAUAGCUGCAAUAAUGAUAUCUAGAAGAACAUCAACGACUAUGAUUGGGCAACUUUACAUUGUACAGUCUUCCGAAGCUAUACUUGUGGUAGCUUCAAAGAAGCUUGCUCUUAUCUUGGUUUUCUUCAGAAUGAUAUUGAAUAGGAUGUUUGUUUGCUUGAAGCAAGAUAAUCAUAAAGUAGCAUUGUGUAAGAAUAUUUUAUAUCGAGCUUAUGUGCAAUUACAAGAUUUCGAUAAUGCAAGUGAUAUCUUUGCUAUAAUUAAACAUGAAGCUCUUACUCGAUUAGAAAAUAUAUUUUUACUAAGUAGAAAAUCUCUAAAAGAUUUUCCCGAUAUACCAAUUCCCCUUAUUACUUCAAAUAUCAGUAAUAAUAAAGAAGUAUUAAAUUAUUUAAUACGUGAAGAGAGAUCCUAUAAUAUAACAGACUUACAAACCGAAUUAUAA